UUUAUCUGACAUUAAUUUUUGUUGUGAAGGAGAGAAAGGCGAGAGAAAGCUCAGUCCUGCCCGGGCUUCGGGAGCAGCUUUUGUAAUUCGUCGUGGCGGUGGAGAUCAAUAGGAGUGAAAUGGUUGGUGGACUGACUGGACUUCGUUUCAUAGCCAUAGCUCUGUGCAAUGACGACGCUGUUCUCUUGAAAUGACCAGCAUGGUGCUGUGUGGACUGUGGAUUUGGGAACAUCACCUGACACUAUAGAAAUGUAUCGUCAAUGUUAUCGCCUGGCUUCAGCGCCACUGUUCAGUUCCGCCUUUAGACGGCCGCAGAGAGGCGUUCUCAAUGGAGUCCCGCGCGUGAGGGCAGCACCAUUCUCUGUCUCUGCACCUACGGAUGGCUCCGCAACUUUAUUUCAGGAUCUUGGAGCUGAAGUAGAUGGUCCUAAUCUGCGAGUUGGCAGUCCUGGUCCAUCAGAGCUGGCGAAAUGUGCAGAUAUGCUGAGACAAGCAGCUGCGUGGAAGAUGUCACAGGAGGAUGUUGAUAGCUUAUUUCACUAUGGUCCACAAAAAGGCGAUCCAGGUUUUCGUCGUGCCCUGGCUACCUUCCUGAGUUCUCGAUAUGGAGAUGAAGUACUGGCUGACGAGUUGAUACCGACUGCAGGUGCUACGCAAGGAUUGGCUAUGCUGACAUCAUUUUACUUUUCUACUGGCGAUGUUGUCUUUGUUGAGGAUUUGACGUUCUUUAUCGCUCUGGAAUUCUUCCGCAAAGAGUUAAAUCUUAAAGUUAUCAGCAUUCGUUCAGAUAGCGAGGGCAUAAUUCCCAGUGAAUUGAAGCGACGCGUAGAUGAGUAUUCUUCUGAGCUGCGUACACCAGGUGACGAGCGUCCAUUCCGUGCAAUGCUGUACUGCAUACCAACAUAUCACAAUCCGACUGGACGCUGUUUGUCACCCGAACGCCGUUCUGAGCUGGUCCGUGUUGCGCGCGAAUGUGAGUUGUUAGUAGCGUGCGAUGAUGUGUAUAACCUUCUACCAAUCAGUCCCAGCGACGAUCAGCCGGUAAAGGUGUCACAGCGACUCUUGGCCUAUGAUGACAUCGCUCCAGGUGACAAGACGAGUGGCAACGUGGUGUCCAACGGAACUUUCAGUAAAAUCUUUGGACCUGGUGUUCGUCUUGGCUGGUUGGAAGGGCCUGAUCGUAUUCUUGAGCCACUGCGUACGAGUCAUUUUAUACGAGGUGGUGGUGCUGUGCAGCAUGUUGUAGCUGGAUUGGCUGAAGGUCUCAUUGUUCUUGGGCUGCUUGGUAGACAUGUUGAUCACUGUCAGUCAGUAUUCCAAACACGGGCCAGAGUGUUGGAUGCAGCGCUUCGUAAACAUUUACCUGCUGGUUGCUCUUGGGUAUUCCCUGAGGGUGGCUUUUUUAUAUGGCUGAGGCUACCGGAAAAUGUUGAUGGCGGUGAGCUGGAGACGUCUGUGUUGCAAGACAACGUUCUGAUCUUCUCCGGUCGUAACUUUUCCCCUGAUGGUAAGUUCAACAACUAUGUCAGGUUGUGUUUCACCUAUUCGGAAGAGGAGCAGUUGAGUCAAGGCGCAGAGAUUAUCGGCAAGCAUGUACGAGUGCUAGCCGAAUCGAACUAACUGCUUGUUUUAUUGUGUGUCAUUUCCGGCAGCACCAGUCCCGCAUGAAGCAUAGAUGUCGACAUGCAUGCUAGUAGUAUACCUGCAGAUGACCAUCGUACUAUGAGUUCCCAUACCUUGAUAAAGACCUGUACUUGAUUUGGUGUUGUGGGAUUGACAAACAUAGUAUCUAUUAAACAGCCAUAGGCACAUGACAUACAGCUAUAUUUCAUUUCACACAUGCUACCUGUGUAUCCCAAAUCUUCUCUUCCUAACACGUUGCGUGUAUGCUAUUUCCAUGUUGAAUCCCACGGCAUAAUUAUCUUUUAGCAUUAUAGUUCUUUGCUUUGCUUUGUUAGACGAGUUCUUGCUCCACAGUUUUCAUAUUUUUGUCUCUUUUGUAGGCCAGCAGUUUUCUCUUUGUUUUGUUGAUACUAUGAUAUUUGAAGGACACAACAAGUUUUACCAUUUGAAGGGUAAUAUCUUACCCAGAACAAACGUUUCUGACUGACUAACACUGACUCUUCUGCGGUUCAAGCCUUCUGCAAGUAUA